AUGUCUAAAUCUUCGCCGCCAGUCCCAAAUCUUCGUCAAUGGCCCCCCCUUGACUUGAUUAUCGUUUACAUACUCAUGCUGCUAGUAUACAUCCCGUUCGUGGUCUGUAUUGUGGCCUACUUCUUUUUGGGGCCCGGCGUCCUUGAACAACCAAUCGAGAUUGCAAUAUCUUUUCAGUCGAUAAUCCUAUUCAUAUCCAUGAUGGUACCUCUCGUCACCUCGAUCGUAUGCGGCUAUAGGUCCAACAACAUCCAAGUUUCCAACGGGCAAGAAAAAGAACAAUGGGCGGGGGGUCUAGAAUCGGCAUUCGGGACUUUUGCGCAGAAAGCAAGAUUCCCUUUCGAGAUGAAACACCCUGUGCAUACCGAAUGGUUUGCAAGAUAUUUAAUGGUGGAUUUUGCCCGAUAUCUCGCAAAUCCAUAUCACAGUCUGUCGUUGUUUUCAAGGAGAAGACACACUUUUACGAUAGUGUCGGGUCUAGUGCUGGCGCUAUGUAUUGCAGGCAUGCCGUUCAGAGACUGGUUUGGGCACAACGGCAUCACGACUAAAGGUGGCGAGACUUGUAUGCAAGGAUUUAGCUGCAUUCUCGUAGUCUUCUGGUGUUACACUCAUUGGGAACCCAUGUGGAAAGUCGGAUGGGUACUGAAGAUGGGUGGUAUUGCUAGACAGAUUCGGAGGGAGUGUAUAAAGAAUGGCAGCGUCAAGGGGUCAGAAGAGGAUGUUGAGAAAUCUGGGGUAAUCGUAGACCCCAAAGAGAGGCUUGAGUGGUGGAUUCGAGAGAUUUGGAAGGCUUGCGGGGAUGGGCGCGAUAUUUCCCAGUCUGAACUUUCUCAACUGGAGGAGAAUCGUGAGAAGCUAUCCAAGUAA